CAAAGUUAAUCCAAAAUUGUUAACAUAACCUCAUAAAAAGAAAACGGCAUUAUCAAACACAAAUUAAACACAACACAACACCGAAAAUACUGUAUAUACAUCCAGAUAACUUUACAUUUAUUGCCAGUAAAGUCCUUGACACGUGGAAAUUUGCUAGUUGUUCUAUGUUAAAGCUACGUAAUAGUCUAUUUUAUACUGAAUGAUUGACAUAAAACCAAGCAAAUUGUUGAAUAUCACGACUACUUCUAAAAGAAAUCAAACUAUGUUACCUGAUGCUGUCCCGUGGCUAAGGACCGUAUGUUUUAUGGUUGCUAUGGUAACGUACACGAAGUAUCGCGGCCUCAGAACGGAAACACGUCAGACGUACAGCAGCGGGCUCCAAAUUUGAAAACGUGCCUCGCUCCUGCGCUCUUUUCCUCAGGAACAUGAAGGACACGGGGAUGACUGAGGGCUGAUUUGUUUGGCCUGCAUUUUUAACAGAACGGACACUGCAGACGGCUUGACAGAAUUAAUAUUGACAUUGAGGUCUACUGAGUCAUUCUUGACUCAGUGUUUGCAUUUGUAAAGGUCUGCAAACAAGAGGAAAUGCAGUGUACUCCAGAACCCAAUGUUUUCUUUAAUAGUGACAAACAGCGGGCCUGUUAUGAUGACUGCUUUGACAGUGGGUACUCUGGUUUAUUCUACACUCCGCAGAGUAUCACCAGAGAUGGGUCUUCGUCUUUGGGUGAGUCAGAUGAAACCCCUAAAGAGAACCUGCGACUCUCUGCCACACCCAAGGACAGAACCCGGUUUUGGAGUAAAGACAGGGCUGCAUGCUGGCCCUCAACUGGUUGGUGUGAAACACCCAAACUAUACAAAAGGGAUGCCUCGUUGCAGUACAGGCUUGCUGUAUGCAAAUCCAUUUUAGAUGUAAAAGCUAAUGCCACAAAAUCCCCAAGCAAAAACCUCAGAAAAAGUGGAUCAGGGCAGUGGCUGAGCACUUCUCUGGACUCUUUGGACACUGUAAUUGACACUUUAUCCACAAGCACUUUACCUUUGGACGAUGACCUACCACUGUCAGGAAGGAAGCGCCGCCUCUUGUAUUCACAGGUGCGCACCUCCACUCUGGAAGAUGGCCAAGCCACGUCUGAACAGCUCUCCAGCUUUGACCGAAGAGUUUCACUCUCAGAUGCUGAUUUUAAGGAGAGCUGUUCUUCCUCAGACAGUCAAACCCCACGCACAAACAAAUUCUUUCCUGUUCUAUUCAAGAAAAGUAUUCAGUCUCCAACCUGCAAUGAUCUCAGUGAUAGCAGUGUGUGGUAUACACCGUCAAGCCUGCACACUCCCAAAUACACCAGAUCCGUGUGUGAGGACAGUGGCUUCAGCUCCCUCACUUUGGAUAAGUCUGAGGACUCAUCUGUGGAUCAUGAUGGAUCAUUUCAGGAGCUUCUCUCUGCCACUAAAGGAAACAGUGUAACCCCAAAUCUGCUGGAAACAAAGCGCCGCCCGCGGUUACAGCGUCAGAAUAGGCUGUCCACUUUGAAGGAAGGGGGCUCUCAGUCUGAGGAUGACCCCACAGAGAGGAUUAAGAAGGGGAAACAGCCUCUAAAGGAGGAUGAGGUCUUCACUGCUGCCACUCCACAAAGAGUCCCUUCCCUUAAACCAAAAGAGACCCCAAGCUCUGAGAGUGUGGCCGCUACUAAACAGGACUAUAGAACUCCUUUGAGGACCUCUGCCAAACGAGAAGGCAAAACACCUUUUAGCUCAGAUUCAACUCCUUCAAGGAACACUCCUCUUAAUCUGUCCCUGACUCCAGCCCUACAGCUGGUCCAUGCCAUGUGCCAGCAAAAAGCUCAAACCUUUAAUGGCCAAAGCCCGAGUCUAAAGGAUGAACUGAGAUCUACAGCAGCCCUGAUACACACUCCAGUCACAUUUAGGACCACUAUGCCCCUGGCUGGGCUCAUAGGCAGGAAGAUGGGCAUGGGCACAGUGGAUAUUCUUACAGAGCUGAACAAGAGGAACCUGAAGCACAUCCUGUCCCUCAUACUGGGACAGUUGACUCCUAAGUGCAUCUACAGGUGUGGGCAAGUGUGCAAGAGCUGGAAGGGGAUCAUUCAGCAGGACAGACGAGCAAGUUUCAAACGUAGGAGUCAUCUGAGUGAGCUCAGCUCCUCUCUAGAGCAGGGGGAGGUAUCCCAUGUCCCAGAGGCAGACACCAGGACAGCUCUGCUCAAACGCUCAGCUCUGAAGACGGUCCAGUCCCAGUCCAGGAGCCAGAGCUUCUGCACCCCUCAGUCUGGCAGCCGGAGUACCACCCCUCUACGCGACAGCUCUUUCACCUCGGCCAGCAGCAGCAAACAAGACAAAUUCAUAGAGGUGGCCAAAACACUCUUUAAUGAUGAAUGCCUGAAGGCCUGUCCUAGAUGUCAGCAUCCUGCCCGCUGUCACUCUGUGAAAGGGGAAGGCAUGUGCAGCAGAGCAGACUGUGGCUUCCAGUUUUGUACUUCGUGCCUGUGUGAGUUCCACGGCUCAAGAGAGUGUGGCAGUCAGUCUGUGAACCGCCGCAAGAAGGACCUGCUCAUCCCAGGCAGCGCUCAGAGCAAACGCAAUGUCAGACGCCUAUGACCAAACAUGCACUUUACCCACUACUGUGACGUGGGUGUGAAAUGUCUUACUGGGGGUUUGUGAUUACAUUCACAUCCACAGCUGUAUUGACCUGUUGUUACAUCCUAUUAUAAUCUUUUAUUUUUUUUAAAAACAUUACAUUGUGUUUUUUAAUUAUGAUUGUGAAGGAGUUUACCAGCACAUGCACUGAUCUUUUUACUGUAUGUUUUACGUUUGAUAAAAUGCGUUUU